AGGUAUUUUCUGAGGGGUGAAAACUAUAGAACGAGGAAAAUUUCCAUCAAAGACUCUCAUUUUGAGACUGCAUCCCAGCCUGAAGGGAGUUGUUGUCGGCGAGGCUGUGACACCUUCAGAUAAACUGCGUGAUCAUGGCAGACUUCCCUUCCAAAGUUACCACAGAGACCGGCUCCCCCAGCUCCCAGAGCUCUCCGCAGGGGGGGAACAGCCUCCGAGGGCUGGCAGCUAACGUCACCACCAUGAUGGACAUGUCCUUCAUCCGAAGCAUCCCGGCCAUCCUCAUGAUGACUGAAAUAUUUUUGGGCCUGCUCCAGUGGGCAUUGAUAGCCAGCGCCCCCUACACAAUUUUGCCAGCAUACGGCUGGGUGAUGUUUGUGGCUGUCACUCUAUGGCUCCUCACCACCAUCCUCUUCUUCAUGAUCCUGUUCAGCGCCCCGCGAAAACUCACCGCUGUCCCCUGGCCCCUGACGGUGAUGAUGUAUCAAGGCAUAGCCACGGUCCUCUAUCUGACUGCCUUCCUGGCCAAUGCAGCAUCUGUCCAUCCUUUCCGCUAUUCCUAUUUCUAUGGACAUAUGGCAGCCGCCGCUUUCUUCGGUGCUGUGGUGACCCUGGCAUAUGGUGCUAGUGCUUUCUUCUCCUAUUUGGACUGGAAGGGAGAUGGAGGAAACGCUGCCACCAGCACAGUGCCGACCUAGGACUCAAACCUGUGAUGUUGUUGCUGCUGGGCAAAGACUCCUCGUGUUUUCUUUCUCUAAAAGUGCUGUCAUUAUUUGGAUAGUCAUAUUUGGAUAGUCACACUGACUUGUCUCAGUCACUGCUAACUCUGGUAACCCAAAUUCUGACCUCAGUCUAACCCCAGUACUGACAAUAAGAUGAAACCUAAUCCAGACAGAAGAUAUCCACACAUUCAUUUUCGGUCACACUCAACAGACUUCCACCUUCACAUUAUGAAAAUAAGUUGCACAUCAGCACUGGAUUACCCACAUAAAAAUGUUUAUAUUGAUACUGUGUCUCAGCAACACAAUAUCAACACAUUUCUGGUGUACUGCACUGAGGCCUCACAUUCAGGCCUUCCUAUAAUAAUAUAUUUAAUAAUGUUAUUUUGAAUCCACAAACAAAAAGCCAAUGGUGCCUUUAGACACCAAGGGUGUUGCUUGUAUAGAAUGAAAUGCUUUCAUACGUGCAUUGUAAGUGUAUCAUUGAGGUAAGAGCAUCAUACAGUUACCAAUAUCUCCAGGCUGUAUUUAAAAUACUCAUAAGAUGCCUCACCAUUCACUUAAGGCAAUAGGUUUAAUCUGUCUUCUUGCCAAGAGUUAGAUAGAUUUAUGCUGAGCUAAACUUACUGGCUGCACACUGUAGCUUCAUACUUAACUUACAGAUAUGAUACCGGUAUCAAUCUUCAAGCUCUCAGCAAGAAAGCAGAUAAGCAAUGUUUCCCCAAAAUGUCAGACUAUUCCUUUAAAGUAAGCAAAUCACUGGGGACAAGUGCUAUAAUUACUAACUUUGUGGUAACAACGUAGUGUAUCAUGUCUAGGGUCCAUUAUCCAUCAUGUAGAAACAUGAAGAUUUUUAUAUUGUAUUUGUUUGUUUACAGAGUACGGCGUUGCUCUCAUAAACUGACAUGACACAGGAGGAGGGUGUGAAGAAGGACUGUUUGAAUAGUAUCUGUGUCCUGCAGACAUAUCACUUUAAUUUCCUUUGACAAAUAUCCAGAACACAGGCAUGUGCUCGCAUAGAAACUGACCUUAAACUAAUUUCAUAAAGAAAGCCAAAUUACUGAUGAAAAUAACAAUGUCCAUGUCCAUGGUUGUAGGUUGCAGAAUAUAUAGUAUUAAUCAAACUUCUCCUGAAGUAGACUUUCUGAAGAGACAGUGUUUCUGCAGGACAUUAAUGACUCCUUCGAUAAUUCAAAUAUUAUUCUACUAGUGAGUCAUCAAGUUAUGGAAACAGUGUGCAUACAUUUUUCUGAUUAACAUCAAACAGUGCUCUGCUCCUGUUGCACUGUAUGUACCUUUAUGGAUAUGUUGUGUUUUUGUACCAAAAAUUUGAAUACUAGUGAAAUCCUGUGAUCAGUGCUGGGACUCA